AUGGAAAAGGAACAAGAUAGACACGAUACAUUUAGAUCUAUUCAAGAUAUUAUUCAUGCAACACAUCAUCCAAGAGUCUUUGCCAGAGCUGGCUUUUACAAAUAUGAUCAAUCGGUGAUCUGCUUCAAGUGUAACUUGAAAAUAGAUAUUAGCGAGAUCAACAAAGUGAAUGAUAUUGUGGAAUAUCAUACAACGAAGAAUCCGGAAUGUAUAUUUGCUCGAAAUUUACCUCCACUUCCAAGAUCAAAAGUAAUUGAACAAUUUAAUACUGAUCUAAGAUAUGAAGUGAAAAGAUUGGAGACUUUUAUAGAUUGGCCAGAUACAUUGACGGAACCCAAGGAUUUAGCCGCAGCUGGCUUUUUUUAUAGAAGAAAAGGCAAUGAUUGUAUUUGUUAUUAUUGUGGAAUAUGUGUGACCAUUUCACCUACACAACAGCUUGGAUCACAGUAUCCUAUAAUGACUAUGCAUGGCCAAUCCAACCCUAACUGUAAAUUUGCACAAGGUGAAGCUGUUGGCAAUGUUCCUAUUUCUAUAGCAAGUAUAGCAGAAGCUGGCUUCUUCUAUAAAGGAUACCGUGAUCAUGUUUAUUGCUUCCACUGCAAUCUCGGUAUAUGUAAUUGGGAAAGGAAUGAUAACCCAUGGAUACUACAUGCUAUGUAUAAUCCCGAUUGUCCCUAUAUUCGAAAAUUGGGUUAUGCUGCUAUCGAACAGGCAAAGAGGGAAAAACGGUUGAUGUACAAGAAACCUGCUCCACAUAGUCCUGUAACGGAAAAUGAUUGGGAUAUUCUUAUGGGUUUGGAUAUCACGAAAAAAUUGCAGAUAUCAGAAUACCCCACUUGUGCUAUUAAAGAUUGUCUCAAGGAUCAAAUUAUGAAAUAUAGAAAACCAUUUUGUACUAUACAAGAAUGUAUUAUGGCAAUAAGACUGAAAAUUACAUCAUAUGGUAAAAUGGAUACGGGAUUAUGGGAUCGUAUCAUUGACUAUGCAAAAGAUAAAAAUUAUCUAUUACCCAACAUUAAGCAUGAUAUAAAUGAAGAUAAUGAAGCUCAAGAUGAUAAGGCUGAACAUAUACAAUUUUCUGAUGAUACAUCUGUGACUAUAAGGGAUAUACACUUGAAGAAAAAUCCCGAUUGUAGGUUUGCACAGGGUAAACCAAGCCCAGAAUUACUAGUAGAAGCUGGAUUCUAUCAUAUUGGAAUUAGUGAUCAUGUUCAAUGCUUCCAUUGUGGCGUUGGUCUUCGCAACUGGGAAUGGGACGAUGAUCCUUGGGAGCUACAUGCUAAAUGGAAUCCUGAUUGUAUUUAUGUAAAACUUAUCAAUAAAGUCAGAGUAGAAGAGUCUUAUAUACCAUUAAAAGGUACCUUAAAUAUUAGUCAAGAUCAACAUGAUCGAUUGGAGAUAACGAAACAGGAUUGGAAUAAUCUUUUGGGUUUGGAUUAUACUAGAAACCUAAUAAUACAAGGGUUCCCUGUCAUUGCCGUCAGAGAUGCGCUCCGUGAUCAAAUUUUACAAACCGGCAUACCGUUUUCCAGUGAAGUCGAAUGUGUUUCAGCCGUACGGACAAAAAUCGAAUCGUAUAAAAAUAUAGAUAGAAAUGACAACGAUGAUAUUGCUAAUUUGAAACCAGAAUGUCUUGUAAAUUAUCAAACAGUAUAUGCUGUCAUGAGAUUUACACAGAUGAUUACAAAAAAGAAAUAUGAAUCUUCUUAUCCUAUCGACAAUACUGAAGAUCCUAUUUAUUUAUUUAAACAGUCAACAUUUAUCUCUAAUAUAGAUCCUAAUAUUCCUGAAUAUGGUCACGAAAUUUUCUUUAAGCUUCCCUAUCCCGAUCAUAGGUACAACUAUCAUUUGGAGAACACAUUAAAUGAUUUAGGGGAAAAUGUCUUAGAUGAACUAGUAGAUAAACAUGAUCAUACAGAUGAGAAGCGACUAUGUAAAGUGUGCAUGACUGAUGAAGUGGACGUGGUGAUUCUCCCCUGCGAUCACAUGGUCUGCUGUGCUAAAUGCUUAUUAACCCAGUCAAAGUGCCCUAUCUGUAGAGGGACAAUUGAAAAAGUUGUUAAACCAAUUUUACUUUAA